AUGGAAGCAACAGCAAGAAUCUUCAACACUUCUUCUCUCAAUCAUCGCGUCCUUCUCACCAAGAUCAAUGUAAACCCAUAUUCCCUCUCUCUCAAAUCCACAAACAACCUCUGUUUCCCCUCUCGCAAUGCCGCUCGUACACGCUGCUCAUCCCUUCCUUCGAAUCACAACCUCUUCAAAUCCCUCCUCUCCCUCACCUCAAACCUCCACCCCCAGAACUCCGCAGUCCACGCGAACCCACUCCGAUCCGAACCCAACGACGGCGUAGCCAUCUGGAACCUAGCUCCACGAGUCGUGAACGGAGGAGGAAAGGCCAAUACGUUCGGAGAGAACGGGAAAGAGACGACGGUGGUUCUCCUCGGUUGGUUAGGAGCGAAAGCGAAACACCUGAGGAGAUAUGUGGAGUGGUACAAUUCUAGAGGAAUUAACGCCGUUACUUUUACCGUCGACGUUAAGGAUUUGGUUCGGUUGGAUCUUGGACGGCGGCUUGAACGGCGGAUAGCUGAGUUUGGGGAUGAGUUGGUUAAUUGGGUGUCGGAGAAAGAAGAGGACGGUAGAGAGAGGUGCUUGGUGUUCCAUAGUUUCAGUAACACUGGUUGGCUUGUCUAUGGUGCGUUGUUGGAGAGCUUCGUGGUCAGACAAGAGUUGGUAGAAAAGAUUAAGGGUUGUAUCGUUGAUUCAGGAGGAGUAGAUCCUCUAGAUACCAAGAUCUGGGCAGCUGGUUUUACUGCUGCUAUACUGAAGAAACGUAGCUCCACCAUUAACACUGAACCAAACAGUCCCGGAAACGAAGAAGAUGAGCAAAAGAAGGAACCUUUUGGAAUCGAAAGCAUGAUGCUAUCAUCUCUAGAGAAACUCUUCCCCAUGGUCUUAAACAUCCCAGAAGUCAACAUGAGGCUAACGAGAAUCACCCAGAAACUCUAUGAGAACCAUCCUCCAUGCCCUCAGCUUUAUCUUUACAGCUCAGGGGACAAAGUUGUUCCGUCUCAUUCAAUAGAACUCCGGAUUAAAGAACAGAAGAAGAUUGGAAGAAACGUACAUAGUUUCAAUUUCAAGUCGUCUCCACAUGUCGAUCACUACCGGAAGUUUCGUGACAUGUAUUCCUCACAUCUACACAACUUCUUGCAAGAGUGCUUCAAGCCAAUAAAGCAGCAGCAAGAGCAACAGCAAGUUGUCUGAUUUGAGAACAUAAAUUUCUUGGUUCGUUUUCGGCUUAAUGAUUCGGUUUCUGAUUCUGCUCUCUCUUGUAAGAUGAUGAUGAUACAAGUUGCGGAUACGGUGAAGCGUUACGAAAUAUAUAAAAAAAAAAG